AUGAGUCAGGCUGAGCUUCCCGCAGUAAACAAAAAGUCGUUGCUUGAGCUUAAGACGCAGAUGCAAACAGAACGGACCCAAUCACUACAGCCGGCGCACACGAGCACGAAAGCACACGAUAUUAUACCUCUAGAAGGCCUUCGGAUCAGUAAUAGUGCAGGUAGCGUUGGUGUGGUAGUGGAAGAGGAGAACAAACACACUGGCACGGGAAUCGACAACAGAGGGGUGGCUGCAGAACCGUCACACGUGUUCGUUACACCCAGUUUAGAUAGCCUUCCAGAGCAUGCACAACUUACAGGCGUCAGUGGUGGUAUUAACAGUGCGUCUGGGUGUACUACCUCAGACAUGGAGGGCUCACACAUUUCACGUGAGAGACGUGCACAUGAAAAUACACAAACAUUCAACGAUAGAGAGAAGCACAUAUACAGAGAGGCAAUAUCGGCCACUCACACACAUCGACCUGUGUCUAGCACGGCACCCAUGCGUCGAGGCAAUUCACACGACACCUUCAGUCAACCUAAGCAGAUUAGCAAAAUAUCUACCAGGAACCAGGUAUACUCAUCGGAUUGCCUGGGAGACCAUGUGCCGGUGGGAAAAAGUAGCAAUGCGGGCAAGCGGGCGCAGAGUGAGCGGAGUGUGCAGUUCAAAGGGAUGAAGGGGCCCAUGCGACAUAAACAGCAGCAUAUACCUCACGCUGAACACGCCAGUAGAAGCCCGCAUACAAAAUCAGGCAAUAGAUACUCACACACAUCUAAUCGGCCUAAGACGAAUGCUAGCACCAGCCAGAAUAGUCUCCGUAGAAUGCAGAGCAUGGAAGAUCGCACGCCCCGACACCCUAACCCGUCAGCACACCAACAGCAGUACAAACUGCAUAGACAAUCCAGUCCAACCUCCGAAGCGUGCAGCAGUUCUCAUUCUAUAUCCAAUACACAGUAUGAGCGAAGCACCUCACACCCACCCCAACACCACCGUAACAGCGAUCACAACUGGCACCGCUCCAACGAUGACAUGCGACGCAGUAGGCACAGUGACGACCAGUUCAGCCAGCGGGGUGGCACGCGACAGUCACACACACGCCCACAUACACAGCACACGCAUAUGCAAGUACGCGCCUCGCAGUCUGCACACACACACCAGUACUACGAUGGGCCUAGCCGGGCGGGGUAUUGGGGUGACAAAGCGUCGUAUAGCCAUGAUCAGCUGCACUCGGGCAGACCACAGCAGUCACCAGUAGUAGUACAGCAACCCAAACACCGGUCACCGGGGGUCCCUGGGAGUGGUAGAAGUAGUAGGGGUGCGCGGCCACACUCCUCACCGACGGGCCAUAGUGGACACGCCGGCAGCAAGUUCACACAGCAGCAGCCGAUGCAAGAGAAUCAGCUACAGUCCCACAGCAGAAACCACCUGGUGCCGCAUGCCACGUCGCACGGUGCACUCAGAAGUGACUCAGAUGUACUCUCACCGUCCUUUCACCGACAUCCCUUGGGAUAUGACGAUUCAGAGUAUGUGGAUGAAGAAGGUUACACACAUACACAGUCGAUGCCUCAACUAUAUCACGACGGCAGACAAAAUGUGCGCACCAGCGUUAAUGGCAGUUCAGGGGUGGUGGAUGUUAGCAAACAAAAAAGUGUCAAUAACAGCCCCGGCUCUCCGAUGUUUCAGCGUGACGGCUAUAACAACGGAACCAUUGGAAGUGACUAUUGUAGUGCAGUGAUUAACAUCGACUAUAGUGGAGAAGAGGAUCUAUCAUACGAGGAAGACAGCUACGUCAGUGACGACCAGUACUACCUGACCGAGCGAGAGUACCAUGAAAGUCUUAUGGGUUCACUUAGAGACCACAUGCCUCAGCCCAGAGCAUACGACGAGUACUUGCACAACUCGCGAACAGUCCAUGUGGAUGUAGGAACGGCUGGUCUCGGCAUCAGUAUCAAAGGGGGACUGGAAUACGGUCUACCUAUACGUAAGUUUGAGACAUGCUGA